CUCUAAUUGACCUCAAGUUUGCCAAUAAAUCACGUGAUAUUAGACUUACGAAAUAGUGAUCACAUGAGAGACACUUAAGAUUUGUUCUAUAAAUCAAUUGUCAGAUCAUUUAAAAACCCAAUUAAUUGCCGAAAAUACGUGUAUUUACGGGACAUUAUCCGAACACCCGAACAGUUCAAAUGGCCAACAGAUUAUCGGAUGAAGACGUUAUUCGAGUACUAAAGCAAUUGGGAAUCAAAGUAACGGCCGAACAGUUGUUGCGUCCGACCAAAGAUCUGGUAAUUCAGUUAUAUGUCAGCAUUUUGGCCGAAUUCGGUGUUUACAAUGUAUCGCAACCGGACAUUGAGGUCACGUCGGGCUUUGAUGACAUAUCCAACUACGAGUCGGUUAUUCAAGUGGUCAAUAUUAAGAAUUUAGUGACCAAUUUUGUGUCAUACGAUGGUAUCCGUGAUGUGACACUUAACGAUGUGGUCAAUCCUAAUGGUCGCCGAACUAAACGUAUAUUGCGGUCAUUAUGUAAAUUGGUGCUCAAGUUAUCGGACAUCACAACGGUAUUCAAUCGUCGAAAUCAAUGGUGUGUCGACCUUCCAGUUCGCAGACAAGCCAUCGAACAGCGUAUUCGGGAACAGAAGAGACAGAUUGAGGCCAAAGCAAUGCAUUUGUCGACCAAUAAGUGUCAAACAGUGGCCAUCAGUAGACAGUUGAAAGAGAUGGCCAAAAAUUUUGAGACAAAAAGGACGUCUGCCAUCAAACUCAUCAAUGAAACCAAACAAAUCAAGUCAUCGAUUCUUCAACAAAAUGAGGAAAUCAGUGAACUAGACAUCAAAAUCAGUAAAACUAAAGAAGAUAUCGAAAAACUGAAUGAAAAUCUGGUAAAAAGUCCGAUAAGAAUACAAAUGAAUACCGAGAAAAAAGAGACAGAAUUGAGUGACAAACGAAACGAGAAGAAGAUUUUAGAGAAACAAUACUUACAGCUAAUCAAAGGCAACGAUAGUCUUAAAGAGUUUUCUCAUAGUUUGAAGCCAUCACUAGAAACGCUUAGCAAAACAUUUAAAGACAUUGAAACGAUUCGUCAAGAAUGCCAAAAGUUGUCGGACAUGAAGACUGGAAUGAAUGCCAAACUCGAGAGACUGAAGUCAAUAGAUGUUCGGAUCGGCGAACAGGAAAAGAGUUGGAAAACAUUGAGACAACAAAUGGUUAACAAUGAGAAACAAUUUGAUUAUCAGUUUCGGACAUUGAAACAGAUUGUCGACGGCAUGAAAGGUGAUGUUAUUGUCAAGAAAAGUAAUCAAUGCGAAGCUAAGCGUCGGUAUGUCGACCAACGCAACCAAUUGUUGUGUCGACUCAACCAACUCGAUGGCCAAUACAAUGCAUUCAAAACAAACUGUGCGACACUUGAGAAUAAAAUAUCGCUGCGAAUGAAUGCCCGCAUCGAUAAAGUUAACGAUAAAUUGAAUGAUUUUAAUAAUAUAUUGGAUAUAAAAAAUUAAACAUUAAAUUAGUUAACAUUAAUAAU